AUGAGAACCUUGAUUUUCAAGUUAUCGCCAUCCCCUCACAUCCGGACCCCGAACCCUUCAACCUCAAUGCUACAACUGACCCCGCCGACCCUGACUCAAAGGCCAACAGCAAAUUGA